CCUGCCCUGUGAAGGGGUGUUCAGAGUGCAGGCGUAGCCCCAGCCUCCACUGCUGUCCAAAAGAUUCGUGUUCUCUGCACGUGCAGUGUAUGUACACUUCUAAGGAAAUCCAUGCUGACAAAUCUAUUGAAGGACCAGGUACCCAAAAAAAUACCCCGUGUUACCAUAUCUAGUUUUAGUAUUGAAACAGUUCCUGUUACAGAGGGACCUUAAUGAAGUAUUUACAGGUGGAAUCGGUUCUUACAGUCUUUUUUUAAUGGCUGUCAGCUUCCUUCAGCUACAUCCCAGGGAAGAUGCCUGUAUGACCAAUGCCAACUAUGGUGUUCUUUUAAUAGAGUUUUUUGAAUUAUAUGGACGUCACUUCAAUUAUCUGAAGACUGGAAUCCGAAUAAAGGAUGGUGGCUCUUACGUUGCCAAAGAUGAAGUGCAAAAAAGCAUGCUGGAUGGCUACAGACCAUCAAUGCUGUAUAUUGAAGAUCCAUUACAGCCAGGUAAUGAUGUUGGGAGGAGUUCCUAUGGUGCCAUGCAAGUGAAACAGGCUUUUGAUUAUGCCUAUGUUGUUUUGAGCCAUGCAGUUUCCCCAAUAGCUAAAUAUUACCCUAACAACGAAAUGGAAAGUAUAUUAGGUAGAAUAAUUAGAGUAACACAAGAGGUGGCCGCAUACAGAGAGUGGAUAUCAAAGCAGUGGGGAAUGCAAAGUAGGGCGGAGUCUUCAUGUAACGGUAAUGGAGUAACCUUGAUAGUAGAUACUCAGCAGCUAGACAAAUGCAACAAUAAUCUUGCUGAAGAGGAUGAAGCACUAUCAAAACCUAGAAAUAAAACUUCAGAAAUACUUAGUAAACAUUCUUCAAAUUCUUCAUCAGGUCCUUCAUCAUCAUCCUCUACACUGUCCAGCUGUAGUGAUGUAGAUUCUGAUGGAACACCGUGCAAAACCUCUAAACAGUUGAGUUGUCGUCAGUCUACCAAAACCAGAGUGGGGUCACAAGAAGUGUCACUGGAAUCUUCCCAGUCAAGUGGGAAAACACAAAAUAGCCAAACAGCCAAUACUUCCAGCAACAUGAACAAAUCUCAGCAUGGAUCUGCAUGGUUAUUUUGCUCUUCUAACAAAGGCUUCCAAGGUCCAAUAAACUCAAGCCACAGUACCUCAGUCACAAACAAACAUCAAGGCAGCAAAUCACACCAUCACUUCUUCCAUGGCAAAAAGAGGAAGCACAAGAGGGAUGCAGCCCUUUCAGACCUUUGUAGAUAGUUGCCUAUUUUAUGACUGCCUUUCUGUGUGCAAUGAUCUCAUGCUACAGGAUAGUUUGAUAGUGACUCCUUGGAUCUCUUCCAGAGCUUCAGACUGUUGCUGAUUAGCAACUGCAAUUUUUUUUCCCAGCUCACCAGAGAACAGAUCAUGAAGACUGAUCACUGCAAAAAAUGCUAAAAAGAAAAAAAAAAGAAAAAUAUAAAAACAACAAA